UUUCUUUCAACUAAAUCUACACUAGUCGAUCUCAGUCUCAGCUGACUUAUAUUUUCUGUUCAAGUACUGCUGCUACGUGAUUCCCAUAUUUGAAUACUGAACCGCAACUUCAAAUUGACCCCAAACUCAGCAAGACAGUAGGUUCAAUUGGAAAUGAGCACAGAGAGCUCUUCACCUCCUCGGUGGAAAUAUGAUGUCUUUUUGAGUUUUAGAGGCGAGGAUACUCGAAAGGCUUUUACAGACCAUCUAUACACUGCAUUGGAUGAUAAAGGAAUCACAACUUUCAAGGAUGAUCCUGAACUUCACAAAGGGGAAGCUAUUUCUCCAGCACUUUUUGCUGCAAUUGAAGAAUCGAGAUUUGCCCUCAUUGUUCUCUCACAAAAUUAUGCAUCUUCGACAUGGUGCUUGGAUGAACUUGUGAGAAUUCUUAAAUGCAUGAAAGCAAGAAAAACUGUGCUGCCAAUUUUUUAUGAUGUUGAUCCCUCUGUUGUACGAAAGCAAACAGGGAGUUUUGGUGAAGCCUUUGCUAAUCAUGAAGAAAGGUUUAGCGAUGACAAGGAGAAAGUGUGGAGGUGGAGAUCUGCAUUAACUGAAGUGGCUAGUUUUUCAGGGUGGAAUUCAAAGGAAUGGUAUGAAUCAAAGCUCAUAAGAGAUAUUGUUGAAGUUAUAUGGACAAAAUUGCAACCUAUAUUAUUCAGUUUUGCAGAAAAUCUAGUUGGAAUUUACUCAAGAUUGCAGCCAGUCAAUUUCCUUUUAGAUGUAGGGGUGGAUGACGUCCGCUUCAUUGGUAUAUGGGGAAUGGGCGGGAUUGGUAAGACUACUAUGGUAAGAGCAGUGUAUGAGAGAAUCUCUUGUGAAUUUGAAUUUAGUUUCCUUGUUACCGAUGUUAGAAACUCUGUUGAAAAAAGUGGUCUACUUAAUUUACAAAAGCAACUUCUCUAUGGGAUCUUGAAAAAGAAGGCCAACAUAUCAGACCUUCAUGAAGGAGCCACGAUUAUAAGGAGGUUGUUAGGUGACAAAAAAGUUCUUCUCAUUCUUGAUGAUGUGAACCAUUCAAGUCAUUUAGAAUAUUUGGCUGGAAACCUAGAGUGGUUUGGUUCAGGAAGCAGAGUUCUAAUCACAACUAGAAAUGAGCAUUUAUUGAUUAGACAUGGAGUGGAGAGAAGAUUGAAGGUUGAAGAAUUAAAUGAUGUUGAUUCUCUUCAGCUUUUUAGCUGGAAAGCAUUCAAAAGAGGUCACCCUGAAGAAGAUUUUCUUGGUUUGUCAGAAUCUUUUAUCAGUUAUGCCAAAGGUCUUCCUUUAGCUCUAGAAGUACUGGGUUCAUUUUUGCAUGGAAGAGAUCUUAGUGAAUGGAACAGUGCACUGAGAAAACUGGGAAGAGUUUGUAACUUGGAAAUUUUUGGCAUACUUGAAAUAAGUUACAAUGAUCUAGACUCUGAAGAGAAGAAAAUUUUCCUAGACAUUGCAUGUUUCUUUAAUGGAGAGGACAAAGAUCGAGUGACAGGAGUACUAAACAGUUGCGAUUUUUCUGCAAUUAUUGGAAUAAAAGUUCUUAUCGAAAGAUCUCUCUUGACUGUUUUGCAUGGAAGACUAAGGAUGCACGAUUUGCUCCAAGAAAUGGGAUGGGAAAUUGUCCACCGGGAAUCUCCUAACGAGCCGGGCAGGUGGAGUAGGUUGUGGCUUCUUAAAGAUGUCGAAGAUGUCAUGACCAAAAAUACUGGAACUGAAGCAGUAGAAGGCAUAUAUGUGGACUCAACAGAGUCAGGAGUGGACAUGGAUGUGACUCCAAGAUCAUUUUCAAUGAUGAACAAAUUGAGAUACCUGAAGAUUGAGAAUGGGAACCUGCCGAAGGGGCUUGAAUAUCUUCCCAAUAGUUUACGGAUUCUUGAUUGGACGAGGUAUCCGUUAAAAUCCCUGCCAUCACAUUUCAACCCUCAGAAGCUGCUCGAACUAAGCUUGUCUCAUAGUUGUAUUAAACAUGUUCGGAUAGGAACGGAGCCUUUAUGCAACUUGAAAACCAUUAAUCUGAGUCACUCUUUGAAUCUUGUCAGCACCCCAAACUUUAAAGGUAUGCCAUAUCUCGAGUUUUUGUAUCUUGAAGGUUGUAUAAGAUUGUAUGAGGUUGACCCGACAAUUGAAGUGCUUGAAAGACUUACUGUGCUGAACUUGAAAGAUUGCAAGAAUCUUGUGCAUUUUGUAAGCAGUGUAGGUGGAUUCAAGUCUCUCAAAGUUCUUAAUCUUUCUGGUUGUUCAAAGGUUAACAAACUACCUAAUGACACGUGUCAUUUGGAGUGUUUGGAGGAGCUUUAUCUGAAUGGCACUGGCAUAAAAGAACUACCUACAUCUACUGAAGUGCUUGAAAGACUUACUGUGCUGAACUUGAAAGACUGCAAGAAUCUUGUGCGUCUUCCAAGCAGUGUAGAUGGCUUAAAAUCUCUCAAAUCUCUCAAUCUUUCUGGUUGCUCAAAGCUUGACAAAUUGCCAGAUGAGUUGGGCCAUGUUGCUUGUUUGCAGAAGCUUGAUGUGAGUGGAACUGGCAUAAGAGAAGUGCCCUCCUCUAUUGGUCUUUUAAAAAACCUCAAAGAAUUAUCGCUUGCUGGAUGUAAAGCACGGUCACCUAAAUCAUGGAAUAUGAUGUUCGACCCCUUUCAGUUAUUGCGAAAAAGAAGUCACAUUCCAGCGGGAUUGUCGUUGCCUUGUUUGUCUGGUUUGCAUUCAUUAACUGAAUUGGAUCUAAGUGACUGCAAUCUUUCUGAAGAAGCAAUGCCCAGUGAUUUUGGAUGCUUGUCUUCAUUAAAAAAAUUCAAUCUCAGCAGAAAUCAAUUUGUUAGACUACCUGAGAGCUUCGGCCAACUCUCUAGACUUCAAUAUCUUUACUUGAAUUGGUGUUGCAAGCUUCAGACAUUACCAGAGCUUCCAUCUCAUGUAUUUGUAAGCGCUGGCGACUGCAGUUCAUUAGAUACAUUGGCCAAUCAAAUAAGACAAUACCAUUCGGUGCUAAAAGGAAGGUUUGUUAACUGUUUCAAAAUGGUGGAGAAUGAGAGCUGUAAGAGUAUAGCACUUCCAUUGCUAACCCGCUACCUUGAGAGUAAAGCAUUUUUUGAUCGUGAAACAUUUCAAUUUGUUGGUCCUGGAAAUGAAAUUCCAGAGUGGUACAAUCACCAAAGUGUGGGGUCUUCAAUAACUAUAGAGCUGCAUCCAGGUUGGUUUAGUAACAAGUGGAUGGGAUUGGCCGGCUGUUUCGUUUUUAGACUCCUCAAACCACUCCCACCUUCUGUUCCGUGGUACAUUCAUUGCGAAUUUAGGGCCAGUGGGGAACUACCCCAGUAUUGCUGUAGUCCAGUGUUUGGGAAAGAAUGGGGUCAACCUGUAUUGGAUCACAUUUCGUUCUUCUAUAAACCCCGUCAUCAAUUCUACUUAAAAAAUAAGUGGUCAGAUAUCUACGGUCCGCUUGUAUUCUCAUUUCAACCUCGCUACUGUGAUGGUAACAAAAUAAUGAGUGAGGAAACUGUGCAAGUGAAGAAGUGUGCGGUCCGUAUGGUAUAUGAGGAAGAUGUGGAGGAGCUUGGGGAAACACUACUGAAGCAGCACAAUGUUCGCAUUAAUACCAAACGAGGCCUUCAACACUAUGAUGACGAUGAUGUUGCAGCAUCUAGUAGUGCAAAUUUGGCUCAUCCAAAGAGAAUUAAACAUCACCACUUUGACGGCGCAGGACCCAGUGGAAUCUCUUAUAUUGAUGACCCGAAACAUGGUUGAUGCUUUUUAUUUUUCCUUCUUCUUUUUUUCUUUUUUUUUUUGUGAAAAAAAAAAAAAAGAAUUCUUGUAUUUGCACGUGCAUUUUCUUUCCCGGUAGUUGAUUAUGCCUAUUGGUGGCUCAAUGAAGCAGUAAUAUUUUGUAAAUUUUGAA